AUAUCCCUGAGGGCUCCUGAUCUCCUCCACUUGCUACCAAGGUAACACCAGAAACAAUCUUUUAACAAUGAGGCGCGGUGAAGAGUCUCAGAGAACGACUUGGGACAGUGCAGUCUAUGGCAACCAGUGCAGGGCAGACACAAACAUUGUGAGCAAUGGGAGGGAGUGGAGAUCCUGAUCCAAAUGUAUUCUAAUGCCCUCAUGCAGUUCUCUGACUGACAAUUUAUCAUUAGAUAAUUCUGUGUAUCCCCAACUAUUCCUGAGGAUUUCAUAGGAAAAGAAGACGGUGUCUGCAUUGGAGGCUGGCAGCCCUGGCAUGUGAGAGUGCAGGGCUUUGGGAAUUUCUACAUCGCUGGAGGUCGGCCAUGAAAGAUGUCAACUCUAUCACUGCUGAGCCGUGGAAAUGCCCAGGUGGUCAAAAUCACUCAUGAGAAGAUAGUCAUUCACUAUGAGCCAGAGGAUUAUUUCAAUUGGAAGUCCCGUCAAGAUUUUCACAUCAAACGAUUUCUCAAUGGUAGAUAUACAUCCAACUACUACUGGGCAGUGCCAACUCACAAGACGUAUACCACUAGGAAAGGAGCAUUGGUCCUCUAUUCUGAGGAUUUGGCAUUGCCAGCAUGGAAUGUAUCACAGGACAAGAGGAUUAAAAAAAGGCAUCGCCACAAAAGGAAGAAUUAUCAGAUUGAGCUCAGCACUCUCCAAGAUUUGACCGGAGCUAUUUUGUCUUAUGGAAGAAAAGAGAAAGAUCACACUGAGCCUCACUGGCAGCCAUACCUGCAUUUUAUAAAUGAAGAGGAUAUUCAGAGUGGAAGACAGAUCCGGCCUGGAUAUUCACCAAAGAGAUAUCUUACCCGUCUCUUCAGAACAUGGGAUCCAAACAUAGUUUACAAGCUACAACAAGCAGGAAGCCUCAGAGACUCAGUACAGCUUCAACAACUCACAGCCUCAGGAGACAGCGGUGGACGACAUCCAGACUUGUCAUCUACACCAUUGAAAUAUCAACGACUACCUGCCUUCACCUCCUUACCUUACUGGAGCAAUGCAGAUCUGUUCACCAGUCCAGGGCAUUGCACCCCGGUAGAAGAGGAGACUGGAAAUGAAAUAGAACUGGCCUAUGACAAGGAAAUUCUUGAAGUAUAUGGAAAAAGCUCAACUAUACCCAGCACAGCAUCCCACAGAAAAUCCAGUCCAGAGCAAAGAGAAUCUCAUGUUACACAGAGUUCCUGGAAAGUCAAAGAGCAGUGCAAUUCACAUAUGGUAGAAGCACAGCUGAAUCAGCCAAGGGGAGAAGAUACAAUAAGCAGUAUCCCUGACCACAAUGAAAAGCCUCCAGCACCUGUAGAUAUGUUGUUUUGUAAGGAAAAUUCUGCACCACAUCAUGGAAAGCCUCACACAACUUUCUAUGGUGGACCUUUUGCAGGAAGAAGGAGACAACCACAAAAUAAACAGCAGAAGGAUUAUUUCGAACAUUUUCCAGAGGGAACAUUCUUACCACCAGUUUCUCAAUCCAUCAAUGCAGAAGCAGAAGUCUUCAAAGAUCCAAAUACUAAGGUACAAGAACCCUUAAAAUUACCUCCAAUUAUUGAAGAGUCUUCCAAAAUACCACAAAGAAAGAGAAGACGUCAAGCCACUGACCCACCAAAGGAACUCUUGGUUAUACCAUUACUUGUCCGUUUUGAGAAUCAAAAAGUAACCCAAGAAGAGCAAGCACGCAUGGAUGAAGCCACUAAGAAUGGAAUUCCUAAUUCCAACAAUAUUGAAGAGCCUACCGGUGGUAAAGCAAAGAGCGAGGAGGAAUUAAAUGAGGAGCAAGUGGACACCCUGCCUACCAUUCAAGUACCCAUAGCAGCUGCAGAGAGCAGAUUCAAGACCCUUCAGAUUGAUAUUGAUUGGAAUGUGGAUCCUAACACAGAUGGAGAUCUUCUAGCUCCAGAAGCCCCUCCACUUGGCUCACUACCCCCAAUAAAUGGCAAGAAGGGACCUGGGAACCAGAGCAGCAUGGCAAAUUUGAAGGCACCCAAUGCCAACAAUAGUGCCAGUGCAAUAACCUCAAAAGGAUUGCCUACUGGUAUCAUCAGAGGAUCUCUACCUGAAGAACUCAAAGAAUGCUGUAAAGACAAUUCUGUAGGAAGCCUUAUUAUGGGCCCUGAUGGGGAAAUUGUGUGCCUGUCUCUAAUGGGAGCAACAAGAAAUGCAGAUAUUCCUAUUUGUUUUGAUUUCAUUCCCGAAGAAGAAGAAGAUUACCUUCCAGUGGCAUCUGCCGGUCAGGAAGAACAAUGGCCUUUAAGUCAGCAGGAUUUGGAGAGAGAGCAAGACAAUUAUACAUCUUUCCUGAGUCCUGCCAACUCCACAGAAAGGUCUACACCUCCUCACCACAAAGGAAAGAAAGGAAAAAUCAGCGAAACAUCUUUCCAAGGGGAAAGUGAUGAUGUGAAUGUACAGGAAUUUGGACCAAACAAAAUUGCUGAAAAAUAUCACGAAGUACAAAAGGAAAACAUCAGACAUAGGCAGAAGAAAGACGAGAAGAACAAACUGACUGAAGAAAAGAGUCAUCAAAGGGAAGAGGACAUAGAAGAAAGAUUUUCAAGGACACGAUCUCCAGAACAGGAAGACAAACAGUAUUCUGCAGAAACUGGUCCAGAAAAUGGUAAUGAAGUCUCUAGCACAAGAUCUGAUUAUUACCAGGAUGAAAACACUGAAGAUGAAGGUACAUUUGACCAAAACAUGCAGAUCCAAUCGGAGGCUUCUAGUAGUAGAACAACAGACAAGAAGCUGCCGGAUUCUUCAUUACUGCAGGGGUCGUCUUCCUACACAUACACUGACAAGCUGGAUAACAACAGAAACAGUAUCCUUACAAACAAAAAUGAGCAUAAUGCGGAGAAAAGAAACGAGUAUGGAAUAGACCUACAGAUGAUAAAUGAGCAUGAAACAAGCCAAGCAACAAAACAAGGGCCCCACCAACCUACACCAGGUGCCACAAACAUUAGACCAAAGGAGAGGAAAUCACACCAUGAAAGUGAAACUUCUGGACAGGAUGCAAUUGGAUUACAGGAUAGUAAAGACAAUGAUCCUCCAGCUCCCUCUACUGGCCAGAAUCAGAACCACAAUAAGAAAUCUGUACAAAUCUUAAAAGACUCAGGAAAAGCACCAAACCUAAAAUCCAAGACCUCAGACGUCAUUAAAAAGCAAAAUCCAAAGUCCCCUGGUAGAAGCGUAAAUAAUAUUGAAACUUCCAAAGAUGCAGGGAAAGUAUCCAGUGAGAAGACAGACAAUUUGCCAGUCACUCCACCUCAGACAGAGGUCACGCAGGAACACAGCCUUAUUGAGAAGCAGCAGUUAACAGAAGAAGAAGAGCUGGCACUACUAAAGGAAAUCACCAACAAUGUGACUAAAGAGACAACAAAGGGGAAGGGAAGGAAGAAAGGCAAAAGUGAAAACGUUCAAAAAACUGAAAAAGCUCAAGCUUCACCAGCCAAGAAAGUAAAUCAGAAAGCUGGAGCCGAACAAGGAAAAGCCUUUCUUGCUGGGCAGCCCAAAAAUAAAAAAGGCGGAAACAAAAUGUCUCCAAAGAAAGCCACAGAACCAAUAAAGAUGGAUGAAACCAUUUAUGAUACUCAGGACACAUCUGAACAAAUAAAAGAAGAAGAGGACAAUGAUGCAGAAAAGGAAAGUGAAGACUCUUAUGUUGUCAUUGAAUAUCAUGAGAGAACCCCAACUCCAACACAGCCCAUAGACAUUCAUUCUGAAUCAGACACAGAUGUGACACCCCAGACAUCCAACCAGAUCUCAGGGCAGACAGCCGGCAAACAGGUUACUGCCACACUAGAAGUGACAAGCCAAGCCAACGAAGACGACCAUGCCAAUAGUGAAACCUCAGAGGUCACUAGCAGUUCGGUCCGUCAGAGGAGGUCUUCAAGAGCCCGUGAAAUCUCGGAGAAAGCAGAAAAGAGAAGGCUAGAGGUCGAAAGGAAAAGGAGAGAGCGAGAGGAGCAGUUACGCCUCGAGAAAGAGCAACAGGAAAGACUGGACAAAAUGAAGGAAGAGCUUGAACAAGAGCAACUGAGAAGAGCAGAGGAAAUACGUCUGCGGAAGAAACAAGAAGAAGAAGAAAAGCAGGACCAGGAGCAAGAGAGAGCUCGUAAAAUGCAGCUACAACAGCAAGCACUAGAGAGAGAAAGGCAGCAGCAAGAGGAAUACCGCCGCAAGCUGCAAGAAAUUCAGCGAAGGAAGCAGCAGGAAGAGUUGGAAAGAAUAGAGUUGGAGCGUCAGAGACAAAGGGAAGCAGAGCGUUUAGAGGCAGAAGAACGUAUGCGACUUCUAGAAAUGGCUGCUGAGGAGAGAGAGGAAUACCAGAGGAAGAAGCGUAAAAGAGAGGAACAGGCCAGACAGGAAGAAGAAGAGAGGAGACUGAAGGCAGAGGAAGAAGCUAAAGCUAUGAUGGAAGAAGCACAGAGACAAGCUCAACUGUUGGCCAAGCAAACAGCAGCUCUGGAGCAGCAGCUGCAGUUUAAUCGGGGGCUUCUGAAAGAAUCGGUUGGCAUGGACCAGACGCAAGGCAUCUCCAGACCCUGGGUUUUCUCUUAUUUUGAGUUUCUGGAGCUACUUGGAAUGCCUCUUCCAGUUGAAGGGGAGAAUGACUCUGUUCACACACUGUAGAAAAAUUCAACUGAAUGGAACAAAACCCAUAAAAAUUAGCCAUGGCUUGUGCAUUAUGCAGAUUUGAAAAUCAGCAGCACAAAGUUUUUUUUUCUGCAAAGGGAAAAUGGAAUUUUGUGUAUAGAGUCCAGAUCAUGAGAACUACUCCUGAAGCUUGAGAACUUAUAAUAAAAAACAUAAAAAAGGAGCAGCUGAUUGUGAGAACAAUCUGCAUGGUUAGUAGAAAAAAAACAACAUGCACCACUUAGAGGAACACCAGACAAAACCUAUACCCUGUGAUAUGCCUUGUACAGAGUGUGGGGGUUGUCUGACACAAGGACUUAAAGGGGUACUCUGCCGGAAAACAUUAUUAUAAUUAUUAUUUUUUAAAUCAACUGGUGCCAGAAAGUUAAACAGA